AUGCUGACCUCAGCUGUCAUUGUCGGUGGCUCCCUCAGUGGACUCAUCCACGGUCUCUAUCUCAAGCGCCAGGGCGUCAACGUCACCAUCCUCGAACAAGACGUCAACGAGGAGCGGUCCAGCCACAACGCCGGCAUCCAGAUCAGCGACAAUGUGAACAAGUUCCUGCGCCAGAACGACAUCACAGGCGCGCGGCUCGCGUUCCAGUCGCAGGCCAUGCACUGGUCCCUCCGCACGCGUCCCAAAGUCUACAGCAGCAGCACGGCCACCAGGUACUGGACCAACUGGGGCUAUGUGUACCGCAUCCUGCGGGCCAACUUCGACGGCUACGUCUCCAAAGCGUGUCCGGACCCUCCGGCCGCGAGGCCCAGCGAUGGACAGGUUCAGUAUCUGACGGGGAAGCGGGUGACGGGCAUGCAGUAUGCCGACGGCCUGGUCAGCCUCGAUUAUGUCGACGCGACAGGCAAGGAAGGGUCCCUGUCCUCCGAGCUCGUCAUCGGCGCCGACGGGAACCACUCGACGGUCCGAAAGCUGGUGCAGGCUCCGCAGGCUGAGCCAGAGAACUACGCUGGCUACUUUGCUUGGCGAGGAUCGGUGCCUGUGAGAGAUGUGUCCAAGGAGACGGCCGACUUCUUCCUUAAUGGCAUCUGUUUUGACUUGUUGGGAAAUAAGUCAUACAUCUUGUGCUAUGUCAUCCCCACCGAUCACGGCAGCUUUGAGUCAGGCGAACUGCUACUCAACUGGCUCCUCUACCAGGACCUCAAGGAAGGCUCGCCAGAAGAGGAGGCCAUCUUCACCGACAUCCACGGCCGCAGAGCCCAACGGACCAUCCCACAGGGGCUCGCCAACCCAAUCGUGUGGGAGACCCGCCGCAGCGCCCUCGUGCAGCGUAUGAUCCCCCCCUUCGCAGAACUUCUGACCAAGUCGCCCACCCCGUUCGUCACCAAGAUCUUCGAGGCCCUGGGCAGCCAGGCAAGCUUCUGCGAGGGCCACGUGAUCCUCGUCGGCGACGCCCUGGCCUCCUACCGGCCCAACAUCGGGCGCGCCACCGACCAGGCCGCCGCACACUGCCUGACGCUCGCCGAGGUCCUGCAGGGCAAGAAGUCUGUUGAGGCGUGGGACCGCGAGACUUGUCGCGAGGCGAAGCGCGUCACAUUGCUGAGCAGGUUCAUGUCGGAAUUCACGCGAGGAACUUGGUUCUCCUUCUUUAAGGCGGCCGUCUUUUUUCUGUGGUUUAACUGGAGGAACAAGCCGUUGAAAGGGUGA